AUGACGGUCAACAGACUAGGCAAUCCUGCUCGCUUUUCAGCUCAACCUGAUCAUUUACGAAGAACAAACUCUUCUCAUUCACAACAAACAAAUUCUGCUAAACGAAGUCGAGGUCCAAUCAAUAAAAGAGCUUGCCAACGUUGUAGACAAGGUAAAAUUAAAUGCGAUGGUGACGCAGAAACUGAAAAACCUUGUUCAAAUUGCGACCCUGAAUCCUGCAAGUACGACAAUAGUCCCAGAAAAAAUAAGCAGGUAGAAAACCUGAAGCAAAGAUUGCAAAAAGUUGAGGAACAACUUAUUUCUAUUUAUAAAAGUUCCUGUGAAAAAUCGGAACAAAACCUCUUCGAAAAAGAAACUCUUAUUCUUUUAUACGAAAAUAAAGAACAUUUUAACAACAGUUCUACUACAGUAUUUCAAGGUUUAGUUGAAGCAAUAAGAAAUUGCCAACUUGACAAACAACUUUUAUCAUUUACUUAUUCUCUCUUACAAAGAAUUUCUACACAUAAAGACAAAAUCCCUGGAAUAAUUGAAAGUUUACAAAGAGUUCUUUGCGCCGCUGACGAUCGCGCAAAAAAUCUUUCAGUUCCUUCCGCAAAUACUCACCUUGAAUCACAACAACAACAACAAUAUGAUUCUCCUAUAAUUUCUGGUAGCGUAGAUCCAACAAUGGUAUUAACUGCCAAUCAACCCAAUUUAUCUCCACUUUCUUCUUUUGAUAAUAAUAACUUGUGUCAGAACUGUGAAACAAGUUGUUUAAAUCAUGUCCACACAUCAUCAUCUGAUGAUGAUGGUUCUGAAUCAUUCAACGGUGCAUAUGAAUGUAAUGAUGAUGGUAGCGGUGGUCCUUCUACACCAAACGAACAAAACCAUAAUGGAUUUGAUGACUCUAAACAAUCUUAUUCAUCAAAUGGAUCAAUUCAUCCACUACCUGGUUCAUCACAAAUUUUAGGAAUGCCAGAUUAUUACCAAUAUUCUUAUAAUCUUACACCUGAUUAUCCUUAUCUAUUUUUUGAGAAUACGACGACCACAUCCCCAACUGAUGAGAAUAGUUUUUAUCCAAGUUAA